AUGGUCGAUUGUUCGAACCGUGGUUUCGAUCAUAUUCCACACUUGUCGAAUCUCACCGAAGGCUUAGAUUUAUCUGGAAACAAGUUAUCAUUUCUAGACAAAUCCUCAUUCUUCAACCUUCCUAACUUGCAAUCUUUAAAUUUGAACUGGAAUGAAAUAAAAUUCAUCGGUAAAGACACGUUUUCUGGACUUCCGUCACUGCAGGACUUAUCACUUGGACACAACCACAUCAACAUUGUACAACAAACGUUUAGUCAAAUCCGUUUUACCCUCAAUACCAAACUCAAAUAUUUGGAUUUAUCCUUCAAUGUUAAUUUGCCAUUAGACGCAGAAGCCUUGUAUCCAGACUCAGUGUUCGCAUCGUUGAUGUCUCUUCAGGAACUUCAUGUAGACCUUCUACCGAAUCCUAUCUUUGGAACAGGGUUCGGCAAUAUGACAAAGCUUAACAAACUAGUUUUUAAGGACUGCCUGUAUAUUUUGCCAAAUCUUACUGACAUAGAUCUGAGGAACAAUAAAAUAACUUAUCUUAGGAAGAAAGCAAGGACAUGGCUGGAUCUUAUGAACUCGAGGUCCGAACGUAAUAUUAGGAUUUUGAUGUAUGGGAAUCCCUUUGCCUGCACGUGCGAUACAAUGGAGUUCGUUUUUUGGAUUUGCGAUACAAGUGUCAUGCUCGACCAUCAUAACAACUACACGUGCGUGUUACCAAACGGUUCCAUUGCCAUACUGCGUCACGUUAAUGAUAAUUACCAGCUGUUUCUAGGAAACUGCAAUCAGGAAUCUUUCAGCGUAAAAGAAAGGGUGAACACAUACUUUCAACUGACCAGGAAUCUUGUUACGAGUACCCGAAUAUUUUAG